GCUACAGUUCUAUCAAUUGCUGUGCUAUGUAGGUGCUAAGGAAAAACUUGAAUAUCAAAUCUUGUGUGGGAACAAAUUACAUGUCUACGCCUGCCCAAUCGAGCUACCUAACAGAAUAUAGACUUUAGCAAGUGAAUUCCACAAACUUUGUAGAAUAAAUAAUAUAAAGUAAAAACUCCACAAACCAAUCUGGGCAUAAGGUUUCUACCCGAAACAGGUAUUUCUCAAUCCGUAAGCUAAAUUAAGCACACUAAUGGGCUGUUUGGUAUACAUGUUUGCUUACUGUAACCUUUAUCUGGUCUCCCAUUACUCUCACAAUUGAACCCUUCAUCUAUGAAAGGACAAGAAGUAUUUGUAUAUAUUGGAUAGCUUUCAUCGAAAACCAAUUUUCCUCUUCUAACAUCACAAUCUCUUGCACUUGAAAUUAAAGCCUUCCUUAAUACAGUUUCUUUACUCUUCUUCUCCUCCACGAUAAUCUCAACUUUUUUGGAUGAAGUUUCUGUAACAUUUUCAUCUCUUGAAACUUCAUUUCGCACUAUUGGCGGUGGUGAGUUUUCAGUUAAGGGCUCCUUAUCUUCGUCUUCUUUUUCUACCACUUUGGAUUCGCUGGAAAACCCAGAAACAUUUAUGGGCUGUUUGGUAUACAUGUUUGCUUACUGAGGAUUGGGAAUUUAAAGCCCAACCCAUGUUUGGAAAGCUCACCCCACAGGAAGAACAACCAAGCCUACCCGCCUCUGCUCUUCGUCUUCUUCCUUCCAUCCACCAAUUCUUGCUAAAUCAGGCUUUUCAUCUUCUUCCUCUUCCUUUGUUUGCUACAGCUCCCAGUUUCCUCUACAUCUUCGUGCUUCCUAUUUUAUCCAUUUCCAUAGAGAGAAAGUGUUUUUCGAUUCGCGGAGAGGAAAACAUGGCCGAAUCGACGGGACAUUGGUUGCAGAAGUCGUUGAUCGAUCUAUGCCAAAAGAUGGAAACGGGUAUGGCUUUGGACUCGGAUAUGAUUUCGGGUCUAGUCUCCUACUGUGAGCUCGCUGAUCCUCAAGACGCCAAAGAAUAUCUCGACAAUAUUAUUGGACAGGUUGCUGGAAAACCUGUAACUGAUGAGUAUUUACAGAGAAGAGGCUACGUAGAUCCCCACAACUCUAACCAAAAUGUUUCAACUUCUCAAUUUCAAGCGUAUGUCAAGCCACCAUCAGAAAAAGUUUCUGGUAGCGGAACUAAAAAACCUUUGAGAACACCAAAAGUUGUUACAGCCCCCAGUAAUCAGACAGAAGCUAAAAAGAAUGCAGCUUCCUCUCAGCAGGGUAAUCGAGUUUCAGCUGAAUCCAGUGACAUGAAAACUAUGCAAAACGGGAACCAAAGUAAUAAUAAUAACAACAAAAAGAAGAAAGCUGGGAAAGUUAUUUCACUUGCAGAGGCUGCAAAAGGAUCCAUUAUAUUCCAACAGGGUAAACCAUGCUCAUGCCAAGCCCGUCAGCACAGACUAAUUAGCAAUUGCUUGUCUUGUGGGAAAAUAGUAUGUGAACAAGAGGGGGAGGGUCCUUGCAGCUUCUGCGGUUCUCUUGUGCUCGGGGAAGGGAGCAAAUACGCUGGUUUGGAUGAAAGUCUGCCUCUCAUAUCAGAUGCUGAAGCUGUAGCUGAAGCUUAUGCUAAAAGACUUGUUGAUUAUGAUCGAAACUCUGCAGCUCGUACAACUGUUAUUGAUGACCAAAGUGAUUACUAUGAGAUGGAGGGUAACAACUGGUUGUCAAUGGAGGAGAAGGAGCUCUUGAGGAAAAAGCGAGAGGAGAUUGAAGAAGAAGAGAAGGCAAAGCGAAACAGAGUGGUUGUGACAUUUGACUUGGUUGGCCGCAAGGUUCUUGUAAAUAAAGAUGAAGAUGAGGAAGUACAAUCAGAUAAGGGAAUACUGAGGCCACCAGAUGAAAGAGACUCUAAUCGUAUUAAACCAAAUCCAACUCUUAAAGUUCAACCAAUAUUCAUGGAUCCUGGCCCCAUUAAGAAACCUGGUAAAAGCAGACAGCCAAAUAAGACCCUUGCCCAUGGAUUGUGCUUAGAGAUAACUGGAAGGGUGCAACAUGAGAGCAAUGAACUUAAGUUUCUUAUGACAAACGACAACCAGUCCGAAGCAGAUUCAAAUGAGAAGUCUUGGCAAGGGCCAUCUUCAAGUAGUACUGCUGUUGCUAACGAUGAAGGAGAGUGCUCUCUAGAUUAGCAGUAAUAAACAACUAUUGAGUUUACUUUGGCUCCAGUGCCUUUUUCAUGAAUCUAAUUACUGGCAAUGGUAGUUUUUGUUGCUUUUGAAGGAGAAAAAACAUGGGAAAAAAAAAAGGAAUUCAAGUGUGUAAGUUAUUUUCCUGUAUUCCCAGCAAAAAUAGAGAAUACUUGCCCAUUUUUUAAAGCAGAAUUAAUGGCUUAUUAUAGAUAAGCUUUUGAUGCAAUCUUUUGUAUGCUAGUACUUGGGUCUAUUGAUGUCACAGUCUAACAUAAACAUACUGUUUAUUCAAUAAUUCUAUGUACCAUAACAUAAUUUAAAACCAGAUAAGAAAGCUACUCAUAUCAGUCAUAAUGUAUAA